AGAGCGGGACCAACUGAGCCAGGCUAGCACAGAAAAAAGAUUUUGCGAUCGACUUUCUUUGUCUGUGAUAGAUGUCCGACACCAGCCUGCGAUAAAACACCUGAAAACUUAAGAAUAUUCUCCGGCGGUUUUACAUCAUAGUUUUGCCGUAUUUGUUGGAAGCCGUUGUCAUAAGGCGGGCGCUCUGAGACGCUGCCUCGCGUAAAGGGCACCGUACAGAUAAGUUGCCAUUGUGGAUGCUGCUUUAGUUCCUGUACUUGAAAUGAUUGGCAUCAUCCUGAUGAUUGACAGACUAUGGGAGGUUUAACAUGUGAGGGCAUUGUCAGCAGGUGGUUUGAGGAGAGCUCUAGAAUAUCUUUGUCCUCCUGCUGGCACUCCUUAGUGAUAAUUACAGAGAAAAAGGUAACUCCCCAGAGAACAAUAUGAAACCUACUUAUGAGAGAAACCAAGAAUGCCUGCCACCAAAGAAACGCGAACUACUACAGAAUAACACUGGAGGUGAGGAGAUCCUGAAGAAUAAUAGCCUGCCGGCCAACAGCACCACUGUAAGUGAUGCAGCAGAUUGGACAGGAAGUGCUGCUGGAGAGAACCAAGUAAUGUUAAGGUAUGGAGUUGCAGCUGAUAAUGGGGAAAGCUCACCAGGCGUUGCUGUGGAUCAGUAUGGCAUGAUGUACAAACUGGCUGUGCCUUCUGCAAGUUAUUCACUGAGUGCUCAACCCUCAUUGGUGAAUGUGGGGCACCUUUCACCGGCAUACAGUGUUGCAUCUCCUCUUCUCCAGCACCAUGGCGUUCCAUAUGCUCCUAUUCAUUAUACCCAAAUACCCCACACUUCACUGCAAUUUGUAGGAGCUCCAUACACAGUACCAUAUGUCUCUCAUGGGAUUGUCCCAAAUCCUCUCAUUACUCCUGGCAUGGGCAUCCCGACUUCUCAUCUUUCCCAUCUUGUUCCAUAUCCUUCCGUUAUAGCUGAGGGUACCCCUCCGCCUCAGUCAGCAUCUCCUGCACAGGCCUACAGCAAAGCCACUGGAUCUCCCAUACACAGUUUUACACCGCAAGCACAAUUGUCUCAUCUAACCACAGCCGAUCUCCCGCAAGGCAUGACCCAUGGCAGGGUUCCAGUCCAUUUUCAUCCCUCGCUACUAACACCAUCAUACGCAGCCUUUGCCACAGCCAUGCCAAGUCAAGAUAUCUGUACCGAAAACCGGUAUAGUCACCAAGUGGUAAAGGACAGAGAAACUACAGAAGUCUCAUCAAACCGAGGCAAAAGGGUUUCUGAUUAUCAACAUCUGGAGAGACGGCCACAAGAAAGGUUCAUAGAGCUCCAACAUGUUGGCAUCAGAAAAGAAAUCCAUCCUUCUGCCUCAUCAAUGGAAUGCCUAAGAGGUAGCCCACAUUUUUCUGGUCACAGGGAGCCAAGGAACGAGACUGUUUCUCCAGCCCAACGGAGCACACCAGAUACAGACCUAGAAGUCCAACAAGUGGUUGGGAAUUUGGGUGAAGGAUCGCAGGGUCCUCUAGACAACAGAAAAGAAGUCUUAAGUAAUGUGAAAAUCUUACACAAUUCUUUCAAAAGCCAAGAACAGAUAAGAUACCACUCACAAAUCAUUCCAGGUAAGACCAUUACAGAAUUCUCUUCUAAUGAGCAAUUACCACGGUCUGUGUAUUUGCCUACUCAGCAGCACGUUGCAUCAGGACUUAACAAGCAACAGGUAGAUGGCCAACAUGGACGUUUGCAUAAAACAGUGGUAUUAGCCAAUGGGCAGCCAGUGUUGAUGCCUGUUGAUGCUCCUGUUCUUGAGGAUGGUUCAGUGGUUAACAAUGUUGCCAUAACUACAGAAACCACAGGUCAAAAGCAUCUUGACGUGCAAGCAAGAACUUGUCCAGUGGUUCCACUUCAAACAUCACAUCCCACAGUACCACUCCUCCAAUCUGUUUUGAUCCAGCAGUCGCCUGUUCACAUCCCAUCACACUUUAUGAAAGGUGCCAUCAUCCAAUUAGCGAAUGGAGAGCUGAAACGUGUAGAAGACCUGCAGGCGCAGGACUUUGUGCGUAGUGCAGAGAUCAGUGGUGGUUUAAAGAUUGACUCCAGUACUUUGGUUGACAUUGUUGAAAGCCAGCGUCCUGGCUACUUUACCCUCCAUUUCUCUGUUGGAGAACCUCAAACCAAGGUGAGUGUGGAAGUCUCUUCAGAGCAUCCAUUCUUUGUGUUUAGCCAGGGCUGGUCUUCUUGUAACCCGGAGCGCACUGCACAGCUCUUUGGACUUCCGUGUCAAAGACUAACAGUGGGUAAUGUCUGCAUAUCACUCAGCAUGCAAACCUCUGGUAGGAGAUCCACCCAGCAAGCAUCGCCUCCACUCAAUGCUGUUGCAGCUCAUGACUUGAGGACUGUUGGAAUGUCUGAAGCCAAUUUAGCUCCUUCAGUAAUCUCACUGCAUACAGACAGAAUAUCUGAGACUAGAAGUCAGCCAAAGGACUCCGCAGUGCAGCAUUUGCACACAGACUCUGAAAGUUCACAUAUUUCCGGCCACCCAAAUUAUCAUCCUCGGUGGUCAGCAUCGGCUUUCCAAAGAGAUGGUUUUCAGUCAGAGGAACCCAGAACAUCACGGCCGUCAUUCAUACCACAGGAAGUCAAACUCUCAAUUGAGGGACGAUCAAAUGCUGGGAAAUGAAUGCUGGAACACUGAGCGGGAGGAGGGGAGGGGGAAGAGUAUAAAUUGAGACAUUUUUCAUAUGUCCUUGGUCAACCUUCUAUUAAUUCUCUUAAAUAAUGUAUUGAAAUGUGCUUUUGAUAACAUUCGCAAAGCAUUUGCAUCAUACAAGGAAUUAGAUCUGUCAUUAACAAUAAAUGGGAACAUACAAGAGAUUUUUUUGUAAUGUAAAGUAACUGAGGAUCUUAAUAACAGAUCCGGGCGAAUACUUCAAAAGCGUUGCAGCAUUACGAAGUUCUCAUCAAAAAACAUAAGAAUUUUAGGAACAGGAAAGUACUCUUAGGUUAAUUGAGCUCAUUCCAUUGUUGAUUCUCAAUACAACCUAUCUGCCCUCUCAGAAAAUGCCUCAAUCCUCCUCUCUCCAGUCAUGCAUUUGGUUUCUUCCUACUGCUCACCUCCAUACCUUAUCAAAGGUAAUAUCCUUCCUGUUAUUUAGGUGAUCAGAACUGCAUACAGUACACCAGAUGAGGUCUGACCAACACUAUAUAACAAGUUCACUUUGUUUGAUUUGCACUCUAUCCCUCUUUUAAUCCUUUUAAUGCAAUCCAUUACCUUAUUUGCCAUUUUUAUUGGAGCCAAACACUGGACUGACAGUUUUAUAGACUUGUCCACAAUAUCCUAAUCAGCACACUGCAUAGUUGCACCAUUUAACACAUAUUACCUCUUUUUGUUGCUUAUACUUUAUCUGCCACCUCACUUUCUAAAAGAUCCAAAUCAUUCUGAAUCUGGUUGCAUAGUCCCUUGUUAUUUUGGUUAAAACUGCAGGUGCCUAAUCGUUUGUGAUUUUUAGUUUAAUUCCAGAAUUUCUGUUAGGUUUCAAGUGAAAUUCAGUGUGACUUGACUGUUAUUAUUGAUAUGAGACAAUUAAAAAAAACUUGCUGUUGAGAACAAGGGGCAAAAUUUUAUAUAUUGUGAAUUGUAAAUAUCCUGAGGUCAGUGAUUGUGUUACCAUUCGACAAAACAGAUUUUACUCCAUCCUAAAUAUUCCUUCAAGAAAAUUAUCUUUGAGAAAUUUUAGGGUGGACAUUUAUUUAUUCAUUGUAAGGAGGACUUCAUUUAAUAAGGCACCAAAGACAGCCUUAUUACUUAACCUACUGGAUCUAUUUGAAAUGAAGCAGAGCAAAUUGUGUUCUUCAAUUCAGUCUUGACAGUUUGUGUGGGUGUAAAAGUAUAUUUGACUUUUGGAAAUGUUUUGCUGAGAUAUCUAGUGGAUCUGAAUGUCCAUAUGUACUUUUUAAAUUUUCACAGAAAUUGAGUCAGAAUAUUAUGGGGGUACCCGUUCCAUGCCUAAUGUUAAUUUCGCUGUCUGCUCAGAAUUUAUUCCCAGAAAGAACUCAUCUAACGCUAAAUAAACUGAGUAUAGUAGACUUGAGUGCCUGAAAAACUGAUACAAGCUCCAUUUCUGAAUAAUGUAUAAUACAUAGAUACUUCUUGUUUACAUCAACAGGACAUUGAGCUGUGUACCUGGAAUUAAGUUUCUAUGACUUAAUGAUGUAUUACCUUGCAAUUUCCUUACCCAUGGCUAAAUUUUUCAAGAUUUUUCUUCCAUUUGAAUUAAUGCAAAGGAUUAUGAUGGUAUUUUAACUUUAAAAAGUAAGCAGCUUCCUUUCUCAAAUUGUAGACAUUUUACUUUGUAACAUUCAAACAAUGAACUAGGAUGGAAUCCUUGUUAGUUGCAGCAAUUGAAAGAUUGUUUUUGUGAUAUAAAUUAAUCUGAUUCACAGGUUAAGCAGUCCAACAAAAGAUGAUAGUAUUUUAUUUUGUAUUCGGGAGUGAUCUGAAAUUUCAUUUGCUGAAUUAUGCUACGCUGUGCCGUGUUUGAGAUGAACCACAAACUGGUCUUGUGUCAUGUUAGACAUUGAAGCAUCAUGUGGCUUAGGCAAGAACUUUCAAAUAUAUCUAAAAAGUCCAUCUUGUAGUUAUGCUCGAAUGCAACUUUUCAACUCUCUCAGAAUUUCACUUCACGGCAAACUUCUCCUUUAAUGUUUAGAAUCUGCCAGAGGUGCAACAGUGAGUUGUUUGAUUCAGUUGUUGUAACCAAAUUGUUGUUAUUGGCCGGCAUAUUAAUGGGUAAAAGUAAGUAGAAUUGUACAUGGAAAAGGGAUUAAUAGAAUGAAGGAUUUUUGUGUGUUGAGAGAUUCAUAUAUUUGAGUUCAGCUGGUGAAAUCCUUUUUUGCUUUUUGAUCCGAUCGAUGUCUGUAGUUGAUACUGGAUAGUCAAGAGAUAGUUCUUCCUUUUUCUAAAGACAGGUAAACUAAAUUGUAUCACAUUUACUCCGAGCUUACUGCUCCUCUUGCUGUCCUUUCAGUGGCGUACUUUGCUUGUAUCUGUCAAAAGGUAGUGCUUCAUUUGUGUUCCUCUUACGUCACAGUUUUGAUAAUUUCAUACAUUUAUUUGCUGCGGGUUGGAAAUAACUCAGCCCAGUUUUAUCCAAGUGUUGUGCUUAUGUAUGUUAUUGUUUCUGACACUUCCAUCUAUAGCUUACUGUCAUCCUUGCAGUAAAGAAAGCAAAAAGGUGCAAUAGGUAGAUGGACGUGGACAGAUCUUUUUUUCAAACCAUGAAGGGAACUGAAAUUAAUGAAAAAUUUAAAACGAGAGGGAAGUUUAGAUUAAUUUACUUCAAAAAAACAAUUGUGUGCACUACUAGAAAUUCUGGUUUUAUUCUUCUGGCGAUUGGUUCCCCAGAAAAACAUUUGGCUAAUCAAGUCACAUUUGUAUUUAAUAGUGAUGUGAAAAGGAUAUUAGAACUAGUACCAAAAUGCUUUCUUGAGUUUAGCUUGGUAUAUAUUAUAUUUUAUGUUAAACUUUUUGUCACUGGCACUUUUACAUGACUAUAGUGCUGAUGAUGCCAUUUGUGUCCUUCCCAAGCAGGCUAGUUAAACUGACUGGAAAACCCAAUAUACUUCUGGUAUUGCUGUUCAUCCCUUAGUGGUAUUUUUGUCUGGCAUGCAUUGAGCUUGUAUUUAUGCACUUUGACAGUUUUAAGUUCAUUUUCCAUGAGCUUAAUUUAAGAAAGCAAAAUGACAUUAUCAACUUGCACUGUCUUACAAAUUAUUUGCCCCUAAUUUUCAUGCGAGGGAAGUUUUACUGUUUUAUUCAAAAUGCCAUACAAAACAGAGGUUUUUAUGAUAUCUACAUUGAGAAACCUUUGCACAUUGUUUCAUGUUUAGCUGAUUUAAAAAAUUGUAAAAAGCAUGGUACCCUUGAACAGUCUUGUCAUGUACUGGACAUGAUGAGAGAAUCACCGGGGACCACAUAUUUAAACAUUGAUACACACGGUUGUGAAAUCUAUUUGACUUUUUGCACAACUUCUUGGGUAUACUGAAGCUCAGUCAGUAUUUUUUUUAAAAAAUGUUGCACCCUCUGAUAAAGUGAGAAUUGUUUUCUCUGUAUCGCUGGUUAGACUGCAAUUUAGCACAGCCUUAAGCCAUGAGUAUUUUAACAAUUUUAUGUUUAUACAAAAGCAUUAUGUAAAAGGUGGUGAUGUUUAAAGAUUAAAAGAAACUCCACUAAGCCUUGGCAUACUUACUAGCACACUGCCUAUUUGUUGUUCUCUACUUUGCUGAUUUAGUGUUGACAUAAAUCUUGCUCCUUUAAAAUAUUCUUUGAGAAUCCAAAUAUCCAGGCUACUUUUGUGAGCAUUUUAUCCUUGACAUAUCACUGGAACUUCAUGGCUGCCCAUCUGUCUCAAACCAUGUUUAGGAUUUAUAUGGGAAUCGCACAUGCCAAAAAACGACAAUGGGGAAAGAAAUAAAAGGGAUGUGUAAAAAUUCAGGAAUUAUACCAAACCGGAUUCAAAAAGUUGAAAGCUUUUCUUCUGGCCCUAGUAAGGUUAAAUUUCUAAUUGAAUAAAAUUCCAUAGAAUAAAGCGCAAAUUGGUUCAAAAUUGUUGAGCUGCAACAAAAAUGCCUGAAACUGGACUCAAAACUAUACCUUUUAUAUUCUUCACAGAAUUAAAACAAGCAUGAAUAUUUUUUAAUUUAGAAGCUGUAUCAGACUUUACUGAUUACAGUGUGGACUAACUAAUUUGACUAUUAAAGCAAGUCUUUAUUGGGCUAAGAUCACCGGCUAAGGUUUCAUACCAACGUUUCACUACAGAAUUUGUUGUAUUGUUAUGUAUUUCACUUUAUACAGCAAUUUACACCAUGUUAAAAUUUCUGCUUUCUAGAUUUUAUGCCUUUUGAUCCUCCCCAAGUAAGUUAUGCAUUCUAAUCAAAACUUUAGGGUAUUGUAAUUUAUUUUGCUAUUUAUUGCAUGGAGUGAUACAAUAUUUGUACAGGAGUAUUUAGCAUGCUAUUGCAUCUACAUUUUAAGAGCACUGAACAGAUGCACAGCAAGUUCUGGUAUAUUCGAAGAAAAGCAAUCUGAAUUAGCAAAAAUGCUAAUUGAAGAGUAAAUGCCAAGUCUUGACCUGCUUAGUAACAUUCUCUGUCAGUUGCGUAAUGUACUUUAAGCAACUUUUAACAUGCUAGACCUAUAUAUUAGUGCUACAUAAAAAUUUUAUACAUUCAAUUUUUUUUCAGACUACUUGGUAACAGUAAGUGGAGAAUCUUGUUACAACAUUCCUUUCGAUAUCUGACAGUACUUUUAAUAUUUACAUUUAAUGUGACUGUAUCUUUUUUGUACAAUGUAACAAGGCUGGAUUUCAAAUAUAACAAUUCUGUCAUGUUUUGUGACAUUUGCAGUCAAUUCCAUGUGGAAUAAAAUCAUAUUAAAAUAUUCAAACAUAUUUACAUAGUGUAUAGCUGUACCAUCAGAAAGUUUACAAAUGUGUAAAUUUCUGAUGGUUUCUGUAUUUGACACCAUCUCCUGACCUUUUAGUCCUGUUGCCUAAUUGAUAUUUGCUGAGCAACAAAUUAAGUGAAUUUCCUUUCAGAAAUGAGCUAAGGUUUUGCUGAUAUAUCUUGUCAAAAUCUCAAUGUUCAUAGAGCAUAAAGGUAACACAAAUUAUUGUUGUAUUUACUUCAAAUUUCUUGGAACGAUUAAAUCUAUCAAAAGAGAUCAGCACAAGAUUUAAUUAUAGUAUUUUUAAAUUGCGUAGCCCAACAGAAGGGAAACUGUCUUUUCAAUUGUCCAUAAAUAAGUUAAUGUCUAAAGUUUAGCUUUCAAUCGAUGGAGUUUGAGUAGAGAAUCUUAUUACAGCAUUCAGCUGACAAUCAAUGUUUACUAUCGCACGACGUCAAAGGUAAUGGUGGGAUGGAGGUGAUACUGUUCCAACAAUGUUUUGAGACAACAAUAGUGGAUUUGCUCAAUCCUAGCCACAGUGCAUUAAUCUUUCAGUAGAUUUGACAGCAUUCACAACUACAGACUAUGUAGCACAUGUAUUGGUAAACAAACCUGUAUUCUGCCCCAUAUCUAGAUUGUUCAAAUGAUCAAGCAUCAGUAAUUACCUCUUUCCUUGAAACCAAGUUCAAAAACAGCUCAAGGAAAGGAGACUUGAGAUUUCUUCUUCCAAGCAGUUGCUGACCCUUUGAGAACUGAAUUUCCUGUACAACUUUUGGGUGUACAUGUUUACAAAAUCAGUCAUUUGUAAUGUUUAAUUAAUCAUGUUCAGUGUUCUUGAGCAAAAUAGUUAUUUUUCUGUGCUGCAGAGAAUUUGAGUUAAAAGAUCCACCACAUAAUCCACAGUAAAAAAUGUAUUCAGAUAACAAAAUUGACUUUUCAUGUUGAAUUCAGCAUCAGCGAUAGCAUUGAUAGAAUAUUAUUACUAAGUCAGUCUAUGAAAGCACAAUGUUAACCACCCUCUUGGCAACUCACUUGAAAGUGUGGUGGAGCCAGGAUUUCUCAUCUCUAUUCACAAGUGCACUGCUUCACUACACAAUAUAAUCACUUUGCAAACAGGCAUAACAUCUUCUUUAGCUUGUAAAUUUUUUCACGACAUGAUAGAUGACCGUCCAUUUGGUGAAUCAAAAGCGCCUUCAUCAUCGUGAGUUGGAUUUGAUCAGUAACUGCUAUUAGUAACAGUUACUAAUUACGGGAAUUGUAGAAUGCACUUCAACUUGAUAGAUUGAUAAAUCCUUGCAGACAGAAUGCACGAGUUUGAGUGGAUGCAGUUUAUGAAUCAACAUACAGUACUGGAUUUUAGUGGCCAUAAUUACAGGAAACCCCUGAUAACUCGACCCUGGCUUAACUUGUCCCUACCGCUUAAGUCAUCAUGCUGUUAUUAUCCCGGUGGCAUUUAUUUAUAUAUUUUAUACGUAUGCCUAACUAGCUGCUCUGAAUAACUCGUCACUGAGCCCUUAUCCCUUGGAGCGACGAGUUAUCAGGAGUUUACUGUACUCAUUCCAAAGCCCAUAUUAGCGAACGUUUUUUGCUGACAUAAAUUGGUAAUUCAUUGGGAAAGUUUCUCCUGGCUAUGAAGUAUUUUGUGUAUGGAAAGAAAAAAUAUUGAUUAAAAAAAAUGGUUUAGUAGUCCUGGCAUGAACAAAUGAUUGGUGGCUUUAACUACGAGUCUUAAUAUUAUGUGCAGGCUGGCCAUUUCAAAAUCUUUGAAUAGGCAACUUCGUAGGCAUGAUCUCGAGUCUUGGGAUUGGUAUAUACUGCAUCAGCUAAAAAGGUAUUGGUCACGUUCUAACUUAGAAUCGCUGCAUUCCUACCCAAAUCUUCAAAGCAUUAAUCUAUAUUUUGUUGUGUUUUGUAACCUUUUUAAAAAAAAUACAAAAAAAACCCAAAAAGUUUAGAUUUGUAUAUUUGUAUUUUUGUGGACUUUUAUGCUGUCUAAUGUUAAUUUUGUGUACCGGCAAAAGAAAAAAAAUGUAUUUUUAUUGUCAAGCCUAACAUUCUUAUGUAUUAUUGCAUUAAUUUGUUGGUAUGUAAACACUGCAUAAUAUAAACUCUACAUUUUACUAUG